AUGCCCACAGACACGAGCCGGCUGCUCGCCGAGAUGGCGCCGCACCUCAUGACGCCCGCGAUGGUGAAUGCGCUGGCGCGCGUGAGUCUGCAGGCGGGCCAGCUCGCGACGGCGCGCGAUCCCUUUCCGCUGCAGCGCGCGACGCUGCUGCUUGCGCCGCGGUUCUCGAUGGAGAACCCCGCGCGCUCGCUCGCGCGCAUCAGCCACUCGAUCUGGCAGUUUGCGGGCCUCGGGAAGGGCGUGCGCACCGGCGGGCGCGAGCGCGUGCCGGUGACGUCGAUGGACAUUGGCGUGCUGGAGGAGAGCCAGCGGAUCCUGGAGAAUGCGGCGGCGGACCUCGAUGCGGCGCUCGACACGGACGUGCUCGACGCGGCGGUCGGCGACGCGGGCGACGCCAGCGACGCGGCCGUGCCGGUGUCGCUGCUGCGCGGCUACGAGGCGACGGUGCCGCAGGCGUCGGCCGGCAAGGUGCGCCGCCGCCAGGUGCGCGCGACGCAGAGUGCGCGGCGGCGGCGCAAGGAGCAGCACCUGCUCUCGCUCGAGGAGCUCGAGGCGCAGGACCGCGAGGUGCAGGACGAGAUGCGCAAUCUCGAGAUCCGCCGCGCCCUGUACCACAGCGAGAUGGUCAACGUCGACGCGAAGAUGGCGGCGCUCGAGGCGACCAAGGCGCGCCUCCAGCAGGGCCUCCUGCAGGUGCGCGAGGAGGAGCUCGAGCUCGAGGACGAGCAGCAGGGCCUCGCGGAGCUGCUCGAGCUGCAGCGCCUCCGCCGCGCGAUGCCCGGCGGCCGCGGCCUCGACGUGACGACGGUGCUCCCGACCGGCACGAGCCGCCGCAGGAGGGGGCCCGUGUUCCUCCCGAGCGAGCACGACGAGCUGCCGCAGGGCGUCGCAUUCAUGACGCUGCCCUGCGGCACCGGGCCAGUGACCGCGCUCGACCUGUCCGAGCCGUACGGCACGCUCAUCUCCGCGGCGCUCGACGACGCAGUGCGCGUGUGGGACCUGUCGACGGGCGAGGACGUCGGGCGCCUGCGCGGCCACACGGACACGGUCAAGUGCCUGCAGGUCGAGGACGAGCUGUGCGUCAGCGGCUCGCUCGACAGCACAUGCCGCAUGUGGGACCUGCGCCGCGUCGACGCGUUCGAGGCGGCGUGCACCGCGCGCAUCGACGGGCACGACGCGGACGCCGAGAACCCGUGCGUGCGCACGCUCGAGGGGCACAGCCGCGGGAUCACGGCCCUCUACUUUGACGCCCACACCCUCGUGACCGGCGCCGCGGACAAGACGCUCCGGCAGUGGGACCUCGAGACGGGCCAGUGCGUGCUCACGAUGGACAUCCUGUGGGCGAUGUCGAACGCCAGCACGCCCGCGCUCGACCGCGCGGCAGGCAGCGCGCCAUCGCCCGAGGCGCUCGGGGUCACGAGCCAGUUCACCGGCCCGUUCUCGUACCCGAUGCCGCCGUACGAGGACGGCAGCUGGGAGAUGUACACGGACUUUGUCGGCGGCGUCCAGUUCUGGAACUACGCACUCGCGAGCGGCUCAGGCGACGGCGGCGUGCGCCUCUGGGACCUGCGCACCGGCCAGGCCCACCGCACGCUCCAGGGCCACACCGCGCCCGUCACGUGUCUGCAGUUCGACGAGACGCACCUCGUCGCAGGCUCGCUCGACCGGACGAUCCGCAUCUGGGACCUGCGCACAGGGCGCGUGUGCGACACGCUCUCCUAUGCCCACCCCGUGACCGCGCUGCAGUUCGACUCGCGCAAGAUCGUCGCGGCGGUCGGCACGUGCGCGCUCGACGUGUACAACCGCACGAGCGAGCAGCACAGCGCGCUCGCGACCCACGGCCACACGGCGCCGGCCGAGCGCGUGCGGUACAUGGACCGCUACGCGCUCAGCGGCGGGCGCGACAGCUGCAUCAAAGUGUGGAGUCUAUAG